GUCACAAUUCACUUGAAGACUCCAAACUGUCACUCAAAAACGAGACGACAUGGUGUCGACAUCUACUUGCGUCCAAAUUUUCAUCCUCUUUUCCAUGGUUGGAACCAGCGUAGUCUUAAGCCAUGAGUGCCUAAGCGAUGGGUGCAACUUUACAGAAGAAGAUGCAGUGCCGUAUGUUAUGACCAAGCAAGUUGGACGAGUAAUCAAGAUUUUGAGCACCCACUACAGUACCCGCAGCGAUACGUGGAUAGGAAUGCUGUUGGAGAAUAUCAGUGUAGUUAUGCUACAUGGUUCGGCUUUGUUCAAGGCAAUCCCGAGACUAUCAUACGAAGACCAUUAUAUGUCGGAGUUAAACGCAACAGUUACCACUUUGAGAGAAUGGUAUCUUGUAGCAAAUCAAUUCUGGAAAAAGUUGCAAGAGAAUGUAAACUCUCUUUCGAAUCGGCUGUGUUCAAGAAAUGGGAAAGGUGGAGAUGGCUCAAGUCAAGAAUCUGCUGGUCAAACGUGUAAUACAAUACGAAAAUAUUGGUUGACUAGACUUAAUGCCAACUCGUCUGUCCGUUGGAUUAAUCCAAGUCCGAAUUCAGGAAAAGCGUUUCAAAUUUAUUGCGAUUUUGAGUCGUUUGGCGGUGGAUGGAAUCUUGUAUAUUCGAGUAGAGAUGCUAAGAGUGGAUCUAGCAACAACAUGCAGAAAGGCAGCAGGUCUACUGCUCACAUUACUAGUCUUGAUCCGGGAAACGCCAACAAACGCUUAGCAUACGAUGUGUUGAAAGCUAUAGAAAAUAGUCAAGAGGGAUACAAUCAGAUCAUGUUGACAGGAUACCAAGACUACGAAAAAAAGACAACCUUGAUUAAGAUGUAUUUCAACAACACAGCCAACUCUGGUAACAAUUUUAGCGCGUUUAUAGAAGCAGGUUUUGCCGGACAACAUUCUUGUUCAACGUACUCCUACUAUGGCACAGAACUUUCCAGUCACAAACCCAUCGCUCUCAGCUGGAAUAGCUGAACGGCUUUUGUGGCUGGAGCAAUGUCUUCUAGUUGUGCUUGGAAUAAAGAAGUUUGGAAUGAGAUAACUAAUAGAGGAGGACACAUUCUCGCCCCUGAAAAUUGGGACAAUGCUGAACCUCAUUCCUCUCAAACAACAGAAAAAGGAGCGUGCAAACAUCGUGGUCUAUUCCACAUCUUUGUUCGCUAACUUGCUUAAAUGAGAAACAAUUGCAAAGUUAGAUCACCCACAACUGAGAAACAUGUCUUACAUAAUACUUCUAAACUCAACGAAGAAAUCAUAUUGUUGCAUGUAGCUAGCACACAAACAUAGUCAAACGCUAUAUCAACAUUUGUCGUUGAUACUACAGGUUUUUCGUUUAGUGCAUUUAAUCAAUAAAUAUUUGUUUGCUUGAAAUAA